AUGAAUCUUCGUCCGAGAGCCGUUAAUUUCGACGAUGUUUGGUCAAAAUUGAAAGAGACUGCUCAAGCUAUAAUUUCUUUAAAGCCAAUUGAACGGUUAACUUGGGAUCACAAUUUUAGUGAUAUUUACUUUGUUUGUGUCUCUGUCCCAGAAACACAAUCUAGACAACUCUAUGCUGCUGUUAGGGAUUGCUUGGAAAUUCAUACAAAAGAAUUGCGUCGGACUUUGGAAGAUCAAACUGGUGAUAAUCUUUUGAGUGCUUACAAUCGAGAAUGGAGCAAAUACAAACAAGGAGCGGGUUAUUUACACAACCUCUAUUGUUAUUUAAAUAAACAAUUGGCCAAAGAGAAAAUGGAUGCAGAAUCUCAACAUACUUUUAUUGCUGAUGAUUCUGAAGGGCCUUUUCCACAUUUGGGUGUUGGAGACUUAGCAUUUGCAAUUUGGAAAAGAGAAUUAAUCAUUCCAUUAGCUUCAAAACUUAUUAAACACAUUAUUGGAUUAAUUCAACAAAUUAGAAAAUUGGAAGGAACUUAUUCUGCAAUUAAUUUGGCUGAUAUUAGAGGGGCUAUACUUUCUUUUGUUGAGGUAAAUGAAUUAUUUCUGAAUGAAUCUUUUUUGGGACAACAAAAAUCGCCUUUUACUUUGGCUGGGGGAAAUUCUGUUACUGAGUUUUAUGAGGAAAUGUUUGAAAAACACUUUCUCGAAGCAACAGAAAAUUUUUAUAAAAGUUUGACAAGUGAAGCUUUUGCUUAUUUAGAUUGUUGUCCUUAUAUGGAGGCGGUAAUAAAAACUCUAGACGAAGAGCGAAUUCUUGCUCAACGAUUUUUGCAUCACAGCACACUCCCAAAAAUUGAGAAUUUGUGUUAUGAAGUUUUGGUUAAUGAACAAUUGGAAAAAAUAAGUUUAAUGUGUAAAGAUGUUGUUCAAGGGGAAUUAUUGAAAGAUUUAAAAAAUAUGUAUAUUUUAUUUAAACCUCUAAACAAUGCUUUGCCUAUUUUAUUAAAAGAAUUUGAAAAUUAUAUUAAAAAAUUGGGAAUGGAAUUUAAUGUUUCAUCUACUGUUGAUCCUGCACAAUUUGUUGGAAAUAUUACAGAUUUGCACACAAAAUUUACUCAAAUGGUUAUUGAAAUAUUUUCUGGUGAUGGGGAAUUUACAAUUUCCUUGGAUAGAGCAAUUCAAUCAAUUGUUAAUUAUAGAGAAGAUCCAAAACAGCCUCCAAAAAUUUCUGAAAAAUUAAAUCGUUAUAUUGAUAUUUUAAUGAAAACAAGAAAAGGAAGAACGGAAGCGGAAAUUGAGGCUCAAUUAUCUAAAUCAAUUCUUAUAUUUCGUUAUAUUGACGAUAAGGACCUGUUCCAAAAAUAUUAUUCAAAAAUGCUUUGUACUCGUUUAAUUGCCAGUUUAUCAUUCUCAAUGGAUUUGGAAGAAUCGAUGAUUAAUAAAAUGAAAGAUGCUUGUGGUUAUGAAUUUACAAGUAAAUUAUCUCGAAUGUUUACGGAUGUAAAUGUCAGUCAAGGACUUACUAAACGAUUUUUGGAGGAAAUGGUCAAAAAUAAUAAAAAACUGGAGGUAUCAAUUUCCGUAAUGGUUCUACAAGCAGGUGCUUGGCCUCUAACUGCCCCUCAAAAUGCUUCGGAACCAUCUUCCUCUCAAAACCAAAGUGAACAAAAUGGUGAUUAUGCUCCCCCAAUAAUUUUGCAAAAAUCUUUGCGUUUGUUUGAGGAAUUUUAUGGAACUAGCCAUUCUGGAAGAAAAUUAACUUGGUUAUAUGCUAACUCUACAGCUGAUGUUCAAAUGAAUUAUUUGGAUCGCAAAUACCAAGCAACAAUGAGUGUCCACCAAUUAUCUAUUUUGCUACAAUAUUCGAAUCAAGAUGUCUUUCAACUUGGCAACUUUGUCCCCUUAACUGCUCUUUCUCUUCCAACAAUUAUUAGGGCAGCUAAAGCGCUUGUAGAAACUGGAUUUUUAAUUUCUAACGAAAAAGAUUUAACAGAACUUUCUGUUUUAACACUCAAUACUUCAUUUUAUUCUAAACGAAUUAAUGUCAAAGUAGCACUCCCUCAAUCAAGUAAACCACAGGAAAAGGAAGCUGAAGCAACAUGCAAUACAUUAAUGCAAGACAGAAAAUAUUAUAUGGAAUGUACUAUUGUAAGAAUUAUGAAAGCAAGAAAAGUAAUGAAACAUAAUUUGUUAGUUGAGGAGGUUUUAAAGCAAACACAAUCAAGAUUCUUCCCUGAUGUACAGUUUAUCAAGAAAAACAUUGAAGCACUUAUUGACAAAUUAUAUAUACAACGAACUGACCAAAAUGAUGAAUAUGAAUAUAUUUCAUAA